AGUCAGUCAUGGCGUCUCCAAUUAAAUUUUUUGCGUUAGAACAUUACCACUACUAGCUCCUGACUUCCACGCUUAACAAGCAAUUCCCCCUAUUUGUACCACCGGCUUCAUGAAAGCACAACAUAGCCAUUUGUGCACUCCCAACAGCAACUAAAAACACAGAGAGACAGACAGACGAAAACAGAAUGACGAGAUUUACAGAUGCAUUCAUGGUCGUUUCUGUUCUGCUCGCUGCUGCUGCUAUCACCACGGUAAACUGCAACGCCGAAGGGGAUGCUCUGAAUGCGUUUAAAGUUGGAGUGGCGGACCCAAACAACGUGCUCCAGAGUUGGGAUCCGACCCUCGCCAAUCCCUGCACCUGGUUUCAUGUCACCUGCAACUCCCAGAACUCCGUCACUAGACUGGAUCUUGGCGACGCAGGGCUGACCGGAAUUCUUGUGCCACAGCUGGGGAUGUUGGCUAAUCUUCAAUACUUAGAGCUGUACGGUAAUAAUCUGAGUGGAAGCAUCCCGGCCCAGCUUGGGAAUUUGACAGCACUCGUCAGUUUGGAUCUGUACAGUAACAAAUUUACUGGCCAAAUCCCAUCUACUCUGGCCAAUCUGCACUCUUUGAGAUUCUUGAGAUUGAAUAACAACAAGCUACAGGGCAAGCUACCGGUUGGUCUGGUAAACCUUGUGUACACUGGAAAUUUGAGAAUCAUGGAUGUAUCUCGCAAUCUACUGUCAGGAACUACUCGAUCCCACAAUAAAACAGAACUUGCAAUCACUACCAUCAUUCAAGACCCAAAAGCACCUCAGAGUUAAAUCCACACACAAUGAUUUAUCGACGCCUAAAUCACAGUUUAAGUUGCUUGAUCUAUAAAAUUCUUGGCCUAGUUGAUUGUAAAGGCGAAGAGAGAAGCAGAUGUACAAGAAAUAAGAGAAUAAGAAGCUACUAAGAGCGUUUUAGAGCCCUCCAUAAAACCAAAGCUAAUCAAUUGUCUGGACCACGUUAAAGUUGUGUUGUGUGUUUCAUAUUUUGUUACAGAAAUAAGGUACUCAUCAAUAUUGCAUGCUUCAUUGUUCUCUAUCUCAGUGAACUGCAGCUGCCAAUCUUCUCCGAUCGUCUUUGCGGACCUUAUGUUCAUCGCCAUGGUCGUCAUUUUUCUCCUUAACUGUCGUCGGUGUGCUUCUUGUCACUGCCAUUAUGGGCACAGAAGGUGGUAUUGAGUCGAUUAUUGUGAGAGGGAAGGAGAGAGGUGCUUCAUUCAUCACCCUGUCAUCUGAGCCAAUCAAAUCAUCCAAGUUCAAUUUUUGCUGGAGAGUUACUCACAAAUAUUGAAUUACGAAGAAUGGAUUAUAGACAUGGCCAAUUUUUUGCUCGCCAAGAACAAAUUAGGGUUUGUUUGAUGGAUCCAUUCCUCCUCUAUCAGAUUUUGCCACUCUUAUGGUGGUUCUUCUAAUACUCAGGAUAUCAUGUUAAUAUUAAUUUGGAUAGAAAUAAC